UGACUUCAACCCCUCGCAUCUGCCACACUCCUUAAACUACCAAUAGAGAUCAACGUCAAAUUCUCCGACUGGCGCACGGUGGACCUGUGCUGUUUCCCUGGAUGGAAGUCCCGCCCUUGCCUGCACCAUACCAGACCAACCCGUAUUUAAAGCUCACAACAGUCCGCCAAUAUGAGUGUGUACGACCAAAGACGUCCUGCGUCCACAGGGCCAUCUUCUUCUCCUUUGCCGCAGUCGCCGUUUCUUCGACGAACUGGUGGAGUGUCUCCCACGAGACGGACGUCCUCCAGAAGACUAUCUUCCCAUGCAGGUGACGCUGGCCGCGCCCUUGCUCGCUCGACUCCUCGCAAGAUUUCACGGAACAAUCCCCCACAUAUUAACAACGACAUUGCAAAAUCGCAAUUCUCAAUUAUGAAUCCACGGCCUCAAACCCCAACACGACGAGACUCUGAUACCGCAGUUACACUCGUCAACCCUACCUCAACGAUUCUCCAAGGCUUGAUUAAGGAGCAGCGCGCGAGCCGCAGCUCUCGAAGAGCAACUCCAGACAUGCCGGACACCAUCGCCAUUAACACGACCCCCACUUCUCAGUCGCAUUCUCGGUCCCAUGAGGACAGCGUUUCAGAAAAACAACGUCGGGUCAGCAACUCUUUGUCUGCUGGAAUAAGACAACCCCGAGAUAUGGGAGUCCGUGAGAUGGAUCAGUACGUGUCAAAGAUAAAUAAGCUGAACUUCGACUUGAAACUUGAAAUAUUUCACCGUACGCAACAGAUGGCUGCCUUGGAAAAGAAACUGGAGCGCAUGCGUGCCAUGGAACAGGAGCUUGAACGGUUGCACGGCCUCGAGGAUGAACUAGACGAGCUUCGAGAGGUAGACGAGACCAACGAAAGGCUUCGAGAAGCCAACGAACAGCUGCAAUCAGAACUUGAUAAACGAGAUCAAGCUAUCAGUGAGGCUGUUGAUAUGAUCUGCCAGCUAGAGGCUAAGGUAGAGGAGUUGCAGGCGGGUCGAUCUGAGCCCCGUCCAUCAACCGCAACCCCUCCCGCCAACGAAGGAUUGGGCCUUUCUACACCAGAGCCCACUGAAGUUUGCACCCCCAAAGCCGACAUUGUAGUCGAUAUACCAGACCGAACAUCUUCACGAAAAGGCACACGUCGCCGACCACGGAAAGCACCCAGUUUUCUACGUGAGGAGAACAGGAGUACUGCUGCUUUGCGAAGUUUAUAUCUGACCGAAGAGAACAAGUCCGUGAGGUCUGUCAGUACAUCGACUAUGGCAACGACGGUGGAUUCGACGAUGGAGCCAUCUUCUCCAAGACUGAGCGUUCUCAGUGAAUGCAGCUAUUUCAACCCGCAAGAUAUCCAACCGAAUAACAAUGCCAUGGACCAGCUUGAUCGAUUGGACCGAUAUGACUUCACUGCGGAAGACCAUCCCGACAUGUUGAAUCUUGGGGGUUCAAGAGAUAGUCAUAUCGGUCGUAUGGACAGUAACUGGACUCAGCCUCAAAGUAUCGUUAACGGCUCACUUCGCCGAAAUAGAGCACGCACUCUUUCGGAUGUUUCCAGAGGCACACAAGUCCCUGCCACCAGUUUAGUAGAACCAUUUCUUGCCGUUCGGGAUACUAAAACUUUUCACCUUGACAGCCCUAGUCAACCACAUCUGUCUUUUUUUGGCGGUAGACUUCCUCCAACCCCCGAUACAAUGAGCACGUUUCGUUUGGGGGCUGGAAGCGGGUCAAAUGCUUCCUUUUCGAUGGACAGAGCGGCAGUCGAUUACAAGGCGCCAGGUACACCGUCCUCUAUGCCACGGCAUUUGAGUCGGCCACGUUCAGCUGGCCAAAUAGCAACUCGACCUAGCACCGGAAUUAGCGGCGUUUCAGAUGGGAUCGACACGACGAUGAGCGUGGAUACACAGCAAGAACUAGCCCCAGGAAGCAGAUAUGAUAUUCCUGGUCUAUUCCAUUCAUUCAAUCAUUUUGGCAGAGGUUCUUCAAAGGCCACUCAACUCUUAGGGCCUGGUAGUCCGAGCAACCCCAGAUUGAGUUGCUACGGUGGUGAUUUAUUGUUCAACGGCGAAGGUGUUGAUGACAUAGUUUCAGGAAUCCGCGAGGGCCGAACUUCGUCCUUUAGGUCUGACGUAUCUAGUAAGUUUCCGACACGGCUGGCCUCAUCGCCGCCAUUAUCGCCACAAGAAUGGCUUGAAGCAGCGAAAUCAGAAGAGUCAGCACAGGAAAUACGAUCGUCCCCAUCAAGCUUAAGCGAAGGAAACUUAGUUAUCGAAACCAGCGGAGCCGAACAGCCUGAUGUCAUUCAUGAAAAUAAAAAUUCAGCUGAUAGCCAGCCUCUUCCACGAAACCCUCCUCUUCGUCUCCGUGCAUGGGCAAACGAUACACAAGCUGUUCCUGAACCGCAGCCGCGCAGACGAUUGUCUCUUCGCCCUAGGUUUUUCAGCCGGAAUCGCCAACAAGAGCCACCCUCAGUCUCGACUGACAGUAACCAAGGACCUUCGCCCCUUCCGACGAAAUCGCCAUUGUUGAAUGUUUCCAAACACCGACGGACCGGUUCAGGGCCAGGUCUCGUGUCUGAAGGUUGUGCCAGACCAGGAACCACAGAAGCUAUUCGAAUAGAUACUCGUCCUCUACCUCGACCACUUGCAGACUUGCGUCCUUCAACAACCACGCGGCCGAAGACAUCCGACAGUUCAGAGCACCGACGGAAAGGGUCACUAUUGUUGGGUUGGAUGAAGGGUUCGACCAAUAAAGAUGCCGACUGUUCGCUUGUUGGAAACCUGUCACUUCCUCGCAGCGCCACAGAAAGACCCAAGUCUACGGUUAGCACUGGUAGUCAAACUUUUGAGCUUUGGGGAGCCAAUGAGGACUCGUCCAAAGCCGAUGAUGAACCUGUCUGGCGUGCACGAAGACGGUCUCGGAGAUUAGCCUAAAUAUAUAUGGCAAACUAUCACAACAUUACCUACCACCACCUUCUUACUUCAUGAUACCCCUGCUUUUGUAUUGUAUUUGAUUUUUAUUUUGAU